AUAAAAAACGACCUACGGGUUUUUGUGCAUACGCCAUUAAAUUCUCGAAGACACAGUUGAAAAGACGCUGAGCAUUCAAUUUUAUAAAAAUGAAUCAAAAGCUUACUUUAGACCAAAUCCUACUUGCUUUUGGAAUGCUUCUAACAGGCUCAAUUAAUUUACUUGUUAUUAAAUCACAGUAUCAAACUACGUCUACAGGGCUAGAUGGAAAAAAGACAUUAUUCAACCAUGCUGGUAUUGUAACUUUUACUAUGUUUGCAGGAGAAGCACUCUGUCUUUUAGGUUUCUGCUGCUCAAGCAGAAAGACUGAAAUGUCCAAUAAACAGCAGGUUGUUCAUGAUCAAGAUAGUUCUGGUUUUAUAAAACAAAAUCAAAAAACGAAUAGAUUACUGCGUUUGAUAUUUAUUUUGCCUGCUGCAUGCGAUGUUAUUGGAAGUACAUUGUCAGUUAUUGCAUUGAUUUAUCUGGAUGCAUCUGUUGCUCAAAUGCUUCGUGGAUCUAUCAUAGUUUUCACUGGAAUAUUUUCGAAAAUAUUUCUAAAACACAAAUUAAAACCAUCGCAUUGGUUUGGAAUGGUGGUGACAGUGACUGGUUUGUGCUUAGUUGGUUUGGCGAGCGUAUUGAAACAAGAUAAAUCUGGUAAUAAAAAUGUGGAAAAUGUAGUUUUAGGCAUUUUUUUAACAAUUAUCAGUCAAAUUGCUGGUGCUACACAAAUGGUUUUAGAAGAAACAUUUCUUAAAGGAAAAGGUUUCAAACCAUUUUAUGUUGUGGGAAUGGAGGGAGUUUAUGGUCUUUUUUUAAUGAGUUUUGUUCUUGUUGGAAUGCGAUUUCUCCCAAAACCUACUGCCAGUUUUGACAAUACUUAUGAUGCUCUGGUCAUGAUAAAAAAUAACCCUGUUCUCAUUGCACUAACAUUGGUCUGCUUGUUAUCAAUUUUGUUUUUCAAUUUCUUUGGAAUGUCAGUUACUCGUUCAUUAACAGCUGUGCAUCGAACAUUUCUUGACGCAUGUCGCUCAGUUAUUGUUUGGUUAUGCAGUAUUAUAAUAUACUAUUCGACAAAUCAGAAAUAUGGUGAGAAGUUUGACGAUAAAUGGGGUCUACUUCAGAUUGAUGGGUUUCUACUUUUGAUAAUUGGAACUGCAAUAUACUACCAGCUGUUUGAUUUCUCAUGGUUACCGUGCAUAAAAAGAACAGAAUAUAAAAUACACCAUAACGAAGAACAUCGAAAGGUAGUUACUGACAAUUAUGAAAAACGCAAUGCAGCGGAUAAUGAAAUUAACGAACACGAAGAAAUAAGUCCAAUUUACCACGGCUUCUUAGAUGAUUAGAAUUACCAUGGUUAUUUGAAACGAACGCGUUUAGAUGCGCAAAAGCACGCAUACAGACACAAACAAGCAUACUUAGCAUAUUUUGUAAUAUAGUUUUGAAACAUAGUGUUCUGAUUUAUCUAUAAAAACUUUUUUGAUUUCUAUAAAA